AUGACAGUAUCAAACACCCCAACUACUAAGAGCUCUACCUUUCUCGAGGCAGUGAAGCACCGUCGCACUGUAUAUGGCGUCACCGACCAAGUUUCAGUCUCUGAUGAUCGCAUCGUCGAGAUUGUAAACGAAGUUAUUCAAACCGUUCCUUCGUCAUGGAAUAUGCAGAGCACCCGCAUCCUUGUCACCCUCAAGAAAGAGCACGAGAAGCUUUGGGACGCAAUCACUGAUGCUGCAAAGCCGGGUGUUGUCGAGACACAGGGAGAAGAAGCCUGGGCGCGCAAUGAGGAGCGUUUCAAGUCAUUCCGAAAAGCCUAUGGUACAAUCACCGUUUUUGAAGACCACGCAGCCAUUGAAAAGCAACAUGCGAAAUUCUCCCAUUUCCCUAUCGGUGUCUUUGAGGGUUUCUCCGAGCACUCCAGCGCGAUGCACCAAAUCACACUUUGGACUGCAAUUGAGCUUGAAGGCCUUGGUGCUAGUUUACAACACUCGCACAUGAUGCCUGGUGCUGAGGAAGCCAUCAGAUCAGCAUUUGACCUACCCUCUACGUGGGCCCCCAAGGCUGAGAUCGUAUUCGGUGGCCUGUCAGGCGAUAUGCCAGCUGCACCUGAGAAGGAGCCUCUCUCUACCACUGUCAAGGUCUUCAAAUAA